AUGGGGAGGUCCCCGUGCUGCUGCCACGACGCGGGCGUGAAGAAGGGCCCGUGGACGGAGGAGGACGACCGCGCCCUGGUGGAGCACAUCCAGCGGCACGGCGGGCACGUCAGCAGCUGGCGCAACCUGCCCAAGGCCGCCGGGCUGAACCGCUGCGGGAAGAGCUGCCGCCUCCGCUGGACCAACUACCUCCGCCCCGACAUCAAGCGCGGCAACUUCACCGCCGACGAGGAGAGCCUCAUCAUCCGCCUCCACGCCCAGCUCGGCAACAAGUGGUCGACGAUCGCGACGCACCUGGACGGGCGGACGGACAACGAGAUCAAGAACUACUGGAACACGCACAUCCGGAAGAAGCUGCUGCGCAUGGGCGUCGACCCCGUCACGCACCAGCGUCUGCCCCCCGAAGACAUCGCCACCGCCUCCCCCGGGGCGAUCCUCUCGGCGGCGGCGAGCCUCGGAGGCCUCAGCAGCGCUCUGAUGCAGGUGCAGGCGCUGCAGCUUCUGCUGCAGGCCGUCAAUGGAGGAGGAACAAGCGCUGCUGCUGGUCUCAUCCCUAGCCUCAACGCAGCAGCCGCCGAUAACGCCAUUCUGAACGCGAGUCGUAGCAUCGUUCCGAACUUAUUACAGGACCAGAUGAACCUCCUCGUGUCUCAAGCGAGCUACGGGUCACCUGAUCAUCUGAGCAACAUCGCAAGUUUUGCAGAGCAGCAGCACGACGUGGUAGUGCAGCGACUGAACAACGCUUCGGCUCCGGUGGUCGGCGGCGCGUAUGCAGAGCCGCUGGCUGCUGCAUUGGUGUCUGCGGCUUAUCCGCAGGAAGUGGUGGCUGCGGCUGACAGACCCGUGCAGGGUUUUGCCGAGCUUCUGUCGGAGCCCAUUGAGAUGCCGAGCAUGUGCUCUCUGGAGGACGACGAAGACGCUUUCUGGAAGGACAUGCUGCUAGAGAGCAGCAGCUUGCCACUAUGA